CUGUGGAUCGACGAGAAGCAAAAGUUGGACACAUCGGUGGCCGUCAAGUGUUCCCAAUGUAACACACAAUACGUACUCGUCUUUCCCCCAAACGUGUCGACGUAUGCGAUGGUGUUGUGUAUUGCGGGCGCCGUAUAUAUGAGUGCAUUUAGUUAUGGUGUUCUCACAUGUCUUCAGAUAAUGGGGGCUGAGAAGACAUCGGAACUGAUCGAGUCGUCGAAUAAGUCGGUGUCACUGAUAGGUCUGCCAUCGAUUCCGUUCAUUCUGUGCGCCGGAAAACUGAUAAAUUGGGAAAAUAUG